AUGAAAAGUAACACACCUCGAUAUGAGGAUCGUCGCUCCAUGGUUUCCGUUUCCAGUACUAGCAGUAGUGGCUUGGUGGAGGUAGCAAGUCAACGAUCAGCUGGUGGACAACUGCGAAAAUUCACUGUUGGAAUAGGGAAACCAGGACAGGCUCGAGAAGCCCGUGAAGCGGUGCGAACAGCUAUGAGUACAAUGAAUCCAACGCGCAAACGACCAUUGGCGGAGCCACUGGACUAUGAGAAAUUUUUGGGAGAGAACAGCUCAAUAAUAGAAAAUCUUAAUCAGCGAGAACUAUUACUGUUCCCACGCGAUGACUUCACGGAAAUAUCAGUAUCUCCAUUGGAACGUACUGUGGUGCCAUCAUUAAGUCUACGAGAGAUAACAGAAGCAAAAUGGUUACUUACGCAAGAGGCCCUCGCAUUUUACAUUGCUCCAUAUCGUGUUGUCCGUUUUAAUUAUGUACAGUUCGGUUCUGAUUAUUACAAUAGUUCUGAUCAUGAUAUUGAUCUUGAGCCACUAAUUUAUGAAAGUGAUAUGGUCUAUGAUGAACAAAAAGAGGAGUUGGAGUGUCGCUACAGUUCAGAUAUUAUUCGUGAAGGUUUCUUGUUUCUUGUUCCAGAAACUAGUCUUUUGGAUAAUUUCAAGAGCAUAAAGAAACGUUACUGUGUGCUGAGGAAAGAUGAAGAUGGGAAGGUUCUACUGGAAAUGCGAAAAUCACAAUUUGCAUCAUUAACACAUCCACCGAUGAUUGUACAACAAGCGGCUCUGUCGACUAGUAAAAAAGGCAGAAAUGUUCUCGAAGUGAGUGGAUUUGGUGCAGAAAGGCGUUCAUGGGUUUUAGCAGCUGAUUCUGAUAGCGAUUUACCUCGAUGGUUAAUUGAGAUUGAUCGUGCUUUGACUAACGAUUGCAAAGAUGGAAUGGCUUCAACGAGUACCAGUAUAGGACACGAAUCAUCAGGCGCGGGAACAGCAAGAACAAGUGACGAACAACCUUCUGCGGCAAGUAAUGAUCCUAGUGAGCUAUUUGGGACUUGUUUUUGGGCUGGACGUAACGCUGUCUCAAAAGCCUUGCAGCCCCCUGUCGUUAAAAGGCGUUCAGUGUUCGCAUUAUAUCCUGAUCUUGAUCGAUUAUCAAUGCCAAAAAGUGAAGCGGGUUGUCUGUUGGCGAAUGUUGUUGCGAAUGAGGUAACAAGGCCUCCAGAAGAUAAAGCUGUGGUUCGAUUUAUUGUUGAGUUCCUGAACUUGAAUAUUGUGUUGCCUGUUUCAAAUACAAGCGUAAAACAGAUUGAACCUUUCUUUGUCCGCAUGUUUCUGUACGAUUGUCGAACUGGUCGUCGAUUGUCCGAAGAGUUCCGAAUUGAUCCGAACAACGACGAGUUAACUGCAACAUUAGAAAUUGGUGGCCGAGGUGAAGGUGGCAAGAGUUUAGCUGAUAAAAGCACGCUGGAAGAAGAUGGUGUUAAUACUCUGUCCCAACGAAUACUUGGGGAUAAAAACGUUCGAAAGGUUAUAUAUUCAAUUGCCAAACCACAUCGUGAUAUUUACUUGGUUGUUCGUGUUGAUCGACUACUUUCGGUCGACACAUCAGGAGAAAUGUAUAUGAAAACAACAAAUGACCUAAAAGGUGUUGCAAAGUUGCAGAAAGUAAUUCAGCAGGCCUGCUCAAAAGCAACGCAGGAUAAAAUGGCUUUUGCUUGGGCUGCAAGGCCUGUAUUUCAAGAAAUGUUAGGAUGUGGGGCGAAAUCGCCAAAUGAAAUGCAGCUUUAUCGUUGUGAAGGAAACAGACUAAGUGACGCUGAUUUGCAAAAGAUUCUCAUUGAUUUUGGACGAGUUGAAAAAUCCGGGAAACUGACACAGUUACCAACAGCAACUAUCAGUAUGAAUAUUGACUUCUCACCAAAAGCACACGAGCUGUCAAUGUGUAUAAAUUCAAGUUUUAUGCCUGUUCGUCCGUGGAACGCAGCAUCUGAUAGUCUUGUACCUGCUUGCUUUGAAGCCCAAUCCUUCAACGAUUUUGUUAGCGAGCCAUACACAAAUCUUUUUAAUUUACUCUAUGUUUAUCCAUUAACACUCAAGUAUGAUGGUCAGAAGGCGUUUAAUAAAGCACGUAAUAUCGUGUGUACUGUGCGUUUCAUUUCUUCAACCAGAAAAGAAAACAUGUCACAAGUCAUUUACAAUCGAUUCUCAUCACCUACACCAUUUGUACACAGCAUGCGUUGCUCAGUGCAGUAUCAUGAACAAAAUCCAGUCUUUACCGAUGAGAUAAAAAUUCAGCUUCCAGUUUCACUAGACACCGGCGAUCAUUUAUUAUUUUCAUUUAGCCAUGUAUCGGUUGCAGGCACCGCUUCAAACAAAUCUCAGAACGAGAAUUCUGAUAGUCCUAUUGGAUAUGCAUGGCUACCAUUGUUAAAGAAAGAUCGUUUGAUAAUCGAACGUGAUGAUCAAGAAUUUUCUUUAUCAGUGGCCAUCGAUUUACCAUCCGGCUAUGUAAACUACCAGUCAUUAGGAUUUGGAAAAGGGCAUACUGGACCAGAAAUCCGUUGGGUAGAUAAUGGCAAACAGUUAUUCCGUGUACGCCUGCGGCUUGUUUCUUCAGCAUUUACAACAGAAAAAAAAUUGCAAGCGUUUUUUCAAAGUUGUCAGAGGCUUCAACGUGCAGGUCUUGCUGGCGAUGCUUCCUCAAAAACUAAGUGGUCCAGUCCGCCGGGUUCAGUUUCGCCAGUUAGCAAUACACCGUCGUCACCUCCCUCACUAGUGGUGUCGCAUUCUUGUUCACCACCUAUCGAAAAUCGUGGAAUCUCGGAGGAAGAGAAAUUUUGGCAUUAUGUAGUACGAAAAAUCGAGGAUCUGUUGGAAGUCGAAAUUGAUAAAAUUAUUCCAUUCUUGCCAGUAAUCUUGAAUCGGUUAUUCAGAUUGUUGCCAUGUUCGUCAUCCGAUGAAAUGGCUGUGAGUACUCUGGGUACGCUGAUUGGCAUUACUGAUAAAAUUGCCGCAGCAGGUCAAAAUCAUCUUUUGCGUACAUUUGUCAUUUAUUAUUAUCAAUCAGCAGCAGUGAAAAGCAAAUCAGACCCUGAGGAUGAAACUGUGCAUUCAGCCUUAUGCAAGCACAUUACUUCGCAUAUCAAUUACAUUCAGACAGAUAAUGGCUCACUUGCCUUAACAUUCCGGCAACUUUGGUUCCUUUUGGUUGUUGCUGCGAAGAGUAUGGCAUUAUGGUUGCUUGAUGUUGGUUUAUAUAAGAUGCCAAGAGAAAAUCGUUUCUCACGGGAAUUGCUGUUUAGAAUUGAACAUUUAAUUGAUAAGGUUGUACUGCUUAUCAUUGCAAAACAUCGGGAUAUUCCUCAGGAGUGUCAACUGGCAAAUUCAGCUGUCGCGUAUUUCUUGAGGUAUUGCUUGAGUUUUAUGAAUCGUGGUUCUGUGUUUUCCUGGAUACAUCGCACCGUUGGAAGUAUGGAUGAAAGUUGCUCAAGGACUAUGCUUGAUUAUAAACUGGAAUUUUUGCACAUAAUUAGCAGUCAUGAACACUGGAUUCCACUAUGCUUGCCGCUGAUGUGCGACAUUUCCGGAAAUAUCUUCAGGAAGAAUAGUACGCCAAGUACAGAGAGCAUAUUCACGAACUCUAAUACCAGCAGUCUGUUUACCAAUUUAUUUUCGAAAUUUUUUUCGCCUCCGAUAAACAAUGGCAGUGGGAAUGAAUACAGCUGCUACAGCAGAUGUUCGGAGGAAUUUAUCUUGUCCGCCCCAUAUUGUAGACAUCACUUUCCAGUUGGCUUGCUAUAUCAAGAACUGAAUGCAUCACUUCGUGAACCGCGUGAUUAUCGACGGAGAGUAGUUGCGCUGUUGAGGAACUUGUUUGCAAAGCAUGCUAGUGAUAAACGAUAUAUGGACACUAGUGCUCAAAGUUGUAUUGCUAUAUUGUAUUCUCCACUGAUCAGUUUAGUACUUGAUAAUAUAGCAGAAUUUGAAUCAGCUGCUAAAACAGAUUCACAGAGUCUGUCACCCACCGGUCUAACUGCUACUGGUCGAUCGUUAUCCUUGCCAUCGCAUGGAGUUUUGUCUAGAAUGGGAUGUUCUUCGAAAAGUGUUUCCUCGCAUCAGUCUUAUGUAGAAAAAGUCAGUUCUCUUUCAUCUGUACCUUGUAUUGCCGGUUUAAUGGAAAAGCUGGAUCGAGGUGAAUCACGAGAUUUGAUGUUGUGCACUCUUUAUUUAUUACAUUUCCUGCCCCGUAAAAUUUUGGCUGCAAUGGUAUCUCGUUAUGAAUCAAGUGGUUCGUUGAAUAGUUUCAUCUCUUUGUUACGUAUUGCUCUCGAUUUCUUCAGAUAUUACGGCAGAAAUUACACUAUGCAGCGGACAUCUAAUAAAAUACGAGGUACGCGAAGAACGCUGGUAAUUCUGCCGCAUUCUAGCUCAUCCGCUGGAACAGGUACUAAUUCGACGACAGUAGAUAGCCACACGUCAAUAUCGAGCGGCUUCGGUUCCCUCGGAACAGAUUCCUUAUCAGCAAAGCCAUGCAUUGAAACAGACGUAGAGGAUGCAACUCCAUUUAGCGUCUUGCAAGAGUCUAAUUUGACUCAAGAGAUAGCUUUGAUUGUUUUAGAAACUGUACAAGUUUUAGCUCAACAUGUUUCGAGUGCCAUUAAAAAUUCGACGAGCCCCGAAGGAACUAAAAGUUUUUACCAAUUGCUCCGUCUCUUACUUUCACUGCUGGAUGAUUAUUGGCCAGAAGCUGUUCGACAUCACGCCCUCGGUGCGCUUGCUGUUUUUGUUGGUUUGUUCCGCAUCCAACUUUUCCAAAGUGGUCCUUUAGAUGGCUUAGCUCUAUUGAUCGAAUUACUUUUGCUCCAAAUGAACAGUCGACUCCCGAAAAUACAAAGUGCCGCUGCAGCAUUGUUACAUCUCAUUCUUAGAAAUGGUUACGACUGCAGCUCGAAAACAGUACGCUUUCCUAUAGCCAAUUUAAAUGCAACAAAAUCCCCGAAAAUCUCCGAUGUGCAGAGGCUUGGUCGACCUGGUUCUCAAACUGGCGUCGCAUUAGCAAGACUACUUGGAAGAAAAGUUCCUCUUACGAGUAGAAGCCGUUUCGAACGCGGAUUGGAAAUUUUGGAAAUAUUAGUGAAACCUUUGUCUGGAACCAGACCAACAUAUUUUGAACGAGCAGUAGAAGAGUUAAUUCAGCAAUUACGAGGUGUCCUUUCGGCAACUGGUGCUCUUACGAAAGCUGUUGAUGAUCCUAUUCGAUUAGCAGAUUUACAUGUACAGUUGGCUGAUAGCUAUCGAGGGUCGGCAGCGUUGAGAAGUGCCUGGUUUGAGACGCUUGCUGAAACGCAUAUUCGUGAGCGUUGGUUUUCCGAAGCAGCUGUUUGUGAAGCUCAUGUCAUUGCCAUCAUUGGUCGGGAACUUGUCAUCAAUGGAUAUGCAAAAAUCGACUGGGAUUUACUAGCUUGCAUCAACGAUACGAUAGCCAAGGAGGAAAUUGUAAAUGAUACAGAUUCAGAAAUUAUACAGCAAGCAGGAUUCAAUUUGGAUACUUUCACUGCAAAAGUAGAAAAGUUAGUUCAAACAUUAAUCAUGGCUGAAAGAUAUGAAGCAGUGGGACCGGUUUGUCGUUUAGCGAUUCCAAUAUAUGAACAGCAAAAAAAUUAUCGGGCAUUGGUUAGCAUAUACGCUGAGUUGCAACAAGCAUUCACCUUAGCGGAUCAAAUGAAAGUCAGUGGUAAACGGCAUCUUGGAACAUAUUUUAAAAUACUCUUCUAUGGACCUAAACAUUUUGGAGACCAACAUAGUACUGAAUGGGUUUAUCGUGAAGUAGGUCAUACCUCUUUGGCAGAAGCUUGUGAGCGCAUGACAGAUGCAUGCCGUUGUGUUCUUGGUCAUGACCGAAUACAAAUUAUCACAGGAAGAGAGAUUGAUGAAACCAAAUUAGAAGAAUCGAUAGCAUAUGUCCAGAUGAUGCAUGUCGAACCGUGCAUGAAAGGCUAUGAUGCUAGCAGUUAUGAGGCUCAUACAAACAUACGAGAUUUCUUUUAUGAAGUAUCGGUAAUUGAUGAAAAAGUAGCUGUCGGUGCACCACAAGUCGCUCGACAAGCACUUAAACGUAUUUUUAUCACAGUAGAAGAUAGUUUCCCGAAUACACGACGCCGUGCACGUGUCGUGAAUCAAUCCGAAACAUUCUUGUCGCCAUUGGAAUUAGCAUGUGACAAACUUAUUUUCAAAUCAAAACAAUUACGGCGAAUAUUAGACGCAGCUUCUGCUACUGGUGAGCCAACGAGGCGUUUGGAUGUCAAAGGAUUGCAAUUGCUAUUACAAGGCGCUGUGCAACCUACUGUGAAUGUUGGUCCUCUUGCUUAUGCAGAAGCAUUUACAACACCAACGCAGAAAAUUCUUUAUGGUCCUAGUGGUACUGAAAAAUUGGCAGAUGCGUUCAGGUGUCUUGUAUCAGUUUGCGCGGAGGCUUUAGAAGCAAAUGAAGCAGCCAUUGGUGAUGAUCAAGUUGAAUACCAUAGCAUGCUGAAGAAUGCAUUUGCAGCAAUGAUGGAAAGGCUUAACGGCUAUUUCGGAGAUAUUGUUUCGUUAGACGGUGAUAAAGCUGACAAGAUAUCCACAUCAUCUCCGGAUGAAAUCACUUCGAGGAACUCUGUGCAUAUCCUGGACUCCAUCGGCGGAAUUAGUAGUUAAAGUUUAUUAGUUGUGCGAAUCGUUCUCAUCGCUACUGUUUCCUUCUUUCCCUGUGAACUAGUGGUUACCUGUGAUAUUUCGACUUCUCCCACAGAUUCCGUUAUGGUUACUUAUUAAUUAGAAC